AUGCCUCCCUCUAGCAAACGCUCGUUUACUGAUGACCACCGCGUCUUCACCACCAACUACAGUCAAGCGUUGGUCAUCGCCAACACGGUUGAGCCCGAGGAUUACGGUCAGGCUCCCAAGUGCUCGCACCCGGGCGUUUGCGACCACGACAAGCUCUUUGCAGGAGAGAAAUCUUCGGGCAAAACCUCUGUGAAAUUCGAUCGCAUGCUGGACGUCUGCGACCCUAGCUUUUCCAUGAGCCGCCUUGCAAUGAACGCGGCGCCCUGUUUACGGUGCUUGUUUCAUAUCCAAGAUGGCGAUGCGACACGGAUGUGCCUGAACUACAUUUGGAAGGAUGAUAACGGGCCCAAGAGCUGUGUCGAGUGUAUCUACGACGGCAAAGAUCAAAAUGGGCAGGGUGGCUUCACGCCUUCCGAGCUCGUGUCAACUCAACUACGAUUCGCCCGCCACCAGGCGUUACAGGCUGCGCUCGGCGGCAUCAAGGACCCGGCUGAAGCCAUCGAGAUGGCCGAUCUUGACGCGCUCUAUCUUGUUCAUCGCACCCAUGAAUGCGAAGUUCUGAAGCGCAAAGAGGCCGCCAAACGUAAAGAGGCCUCGAAGGGCAAGGGCAAGGGCAAGGAGACAAUACAGCCGGACAAGAAGCCGAAGCAUCGUGUCCAGAAGACAAACAGCGGCAAGGCAGUUGACGGGAAAAGUAACGGCGAAUCCUCGACGACGGAGCUACCGAUUGGUGACACUUAUCCCAGGGGGUUCGGCGUACAGCUCGCCCACGUCACCCUUUUACGCAAGGUCUGGAAGCAAAACGAAAAUAUUCAGAGGCAGCUCGAAGCUCAAGGCGUGAUUCUCUCCGCCAUCAUAAGGGGGCAGGUGUCCACGCCUCUACCGCUAGAUUAUUGCAAUGAGGAGAUGAUGAAGUCGGCUAAACUGUCGUGCCAGGUCUUGGAGAAGCUGUUGGACAAGUUCGAGGUCCACGCUCAUGGUCUGGAACUCCCGGACCAGCUGAGGAAGGUUGCAAUGGAGCUAUAA